AUGUUCUCCAUUGUCCUGGCAUCUGUGCUCAUCGCUAGCGCCUUCGGGUGCGGCACUCCCGCCACCGAGCCCCUCAUGACUCGCGUAGUCAACGGAGUGGACGCCAUCCCCAACAGCUGGCCCUGGCAGAUCUCCCUGCAGUACCAGAGGAAUGGUCAGUGGGGGCACACCUGUGGAGGAUCUCUGAUUGCCACCAACUGGGUCAUGACCGCUGCCCACUGCAUCAACACUGACCUGACCUACAGAGUCUUUGUUGGAAAGCACAACCUGGUGCAGGACGAGGCCGGCUCCAAGGCCAUCACCCCCGAAAAGAUGAUCGUUCACGAGAAGUGGAACCCCAUCUUCGUGGCCUUCGGAAAUGACAUUGCCCUGAUCAAGCUGUCCGAGCACGUGACCCUGAGUGACUCCGUCCAGCUGGGCUGCAUCCCCUCCGCCGGCAGCAUCCUCACCCACGACUACCCCUGCUACAUCACCGGCUGGGGCAGACUCUACACUGGAGGCCCCAUCGCUGAUAACCUGCAGCAGGCCCUGAUGCCUGUGGUGGACCACGCCACCUGCACCAAGAGCGACUGGUGGGGACCUGCUCUCAGGACCACUAUGGUCUGUGCCGGAGGAGACGGUGUCGUUGGAGGUUGCAAUGGUGACUCUGGUGGCCCCCUGAACUGCAAGAACGCUGAGGGCACAUGGGAGGUCCAUGGCAUCGCCAGCUUCGUCUCUGGCCUGGGCUGCAACUUCAUCAGGAAGCCCACUGUCUUCACCCGCGUGUCUGCCUUCAAUGACUGGAUUGACCAGGCUAUGAUGAACAACUAAGAUGGAACCUAUUUCAAAGUACAAUAAACCC